UCGUCCCGCCGGCGGCAUGAGCCCUGCGGGGAGGUGGCGGGCCGGCAGCGCCGGGCAGGGCAGUGUGGGACCCCGCUGCCAUGCCCAAGGAGCGGCCGAUUUGGCGGGGCCCGGCCUUCCGCCUCUGCCUGCUCUCGGCCGCGCUUUUCCUCUGCCUGCAGCUUGGCAUCAGGCGGUCCUGGUGCCCCGAGAAGAAGCCGCGGGCGGCGGCGGGACGAGCGCUGCCGGCGGCCCGCGGCACAGAGCAGCCCCCGGGCGCGGCGGCGAGCAGGCGGCGGGUAACCUACGUGCGGAGCGGCCGGCGGGGCAGCGCCGAGCCCGCCUGCUGCCCCCCGCAACCCCCGGACGGCCGCCGCAGGAAGACUGUAAGAUGGCACAUUGAGCUACAGCCAUGGGCAAGUCCAACUCCUUCCCUCAACUACGAGGCCUUGAGGUUCCUGAAGUACAUUAGCACUUCUCAGAUUUCUUGUGAACACGUGAACCUGAACAGCCUGAAAGGGUACUCUGAAACCACAAAGAAGCCCUGGUGGAUCUGUCUUGAUGAGAGGUUUAGCCUCAUUCAUCGAAUCAGAAGCAAGCAAUGCCGUCUCUAUUCUCUUGGGCUAGGCAACGAUGACAACCAAUUUGAGAUGAGCAUGGCCAGCAGUGGAUGUGAGGUGCAUCGCUUUGACCCUGGCAUCAAGGCAGCACACAUUCAGGAGGGGCCGCGCCUCUGGUAUCAUCGCCUGUCCAUUGACUGGAGGGAUCCCAAUCCAGCCAUUGCUGCUCAUAAACUUCACAGCAACACGAAGAAGCUGGGCACGAUAUUGAAUGAAUUUGGACAUCAGAAGAUUGACAUCCUCAAGGCAGAUGUGGAGAGUGCGGAGUGGAAAAUUUUGGAAAACCUGAUCCUGGAAGAUGUUGUGGAGCAGAUAGGGCAGCUGGUGUUUGAGGUACACAUCCACUGGCCUGGGUUUGAGGUCAGUGGCAACGACAGCACCGUGGUGCGAUACUGGUACAGUCUGCUCCGAGAACUGGAGCUGAAGGACUUCAGGCUUUUCCAUACCUACAAAGACUUGUCGAAACCACAGAUGUUUCUGAAAAAGGAAGCCUUCAACGCCAGUAGCUGUUACACGCUGAGCUGGGUAAACACAAGAUGGAAAUAGCAGAAGGGAUGCUGUGAUUUGUGCCUGCCAGUCACCUGGCCCCAUGGCAUUAUUGAAGGGCGCUUUGGUAUCACUGGCUGAAGUUGUUAAAUGUGCACAUGGUGACUGCUAACAAAAGGGACCAGCUCUUAUUUUUGUCUGCUGUCAAAAGAACUGGCACUGGGAGAAGAGAUACAGUACACAUUUGUGUUGCAGUGUGUUUGCCAGCAGAUGCUCUGCCCUAGAGGUUUCUGCAGAGGUUUAUCAGAGGGGUGUGUCAGCAGAAGUUUCCCAGGCUGCUGCCCCGUGGGCGCCUGGCAGAGGGCAUCCCUCUGGGGCUGCCCCAGGGAGCUCUGCUCUCUGAGCUGCACCUGCCCUCAGGCAGGAGAGUGCUCCUCAGGAAGUGCCUGCCUCAGAAACGGUCAAGUGUUACUCCUCUGUUAAGUGAUCAUCUUUGAUUUGCACAUCUUUACUUUAGCCCUGUUUCCUGUGGAACAAAUUGGAGGCAAGGACAGUAUGUUCUUGAACCCACUGGCAAAUUUCAAAUGAAUUUGGCAGAGGCAGAAAUCACCACCAAGCUCAACUCCUACCUGUUUCAUUGAGCAACUUCUGAGUGCUUUGACUUUGGCUCUUUAAGGCAGUCUGGCUGCAGGCAACGAGUUCAGUGCCCCUGACGUGGGAGGCAGUGGGACAGAGAGACUUGACUGCCUGAAAAGCUGCUGCCAGCUCUCCCUCUCAUCACCCUCCAGAGACUGCAGCCACAGAAGAUGGGGCUUCCCUGCUUCAUCUGCUCAAAGAAUGGCUGGUUUGAAAUUACUCUUGCAAAGGCUGUAGCUAAUGUUUUUUCAUCUACCAAGUUACUGAAAGGAGCUGAGAGUGAAACCUUUCUUCUUUGUUUUGGGUUGUAGUUGAAUGGUAUUCUGUGUGCCUUCUCCAGUGCUGUGCCUGGAUGCCUGCUACCUCCUCACCACCUCCCUGGCCCAGCUGCCCCUCCUUGACAUUUGGCCAGAUUCUGGGCCUGCACUGGUGCUGGCAGAGGUGGUGCAGGCGGGUGCUCUGCAGGCUGGUCCAGGACUCCCACAAGCCAGCUUUGGCCAUUACCUGAGGAGCUAAAGAAUGGGGGGAGCUAAAAAAUGUAUAGGAGGUUGGGUUUUUUCUUAUCUUUAAAAGACUUUUGACAUUAAACUUUGCAUUAAAAUACAA